CGUGAAUUCUUCUCAUUUCAAAAUACUAUAUGUGACAGGAUAUUUCCUUAUUUAGAGCCUAAAGAUUUCCCCUUAUUUAUCAGCCUGUUGAAACAGAGGAGAACUUGCCAUCUGCCUCAUUUUAGAAUGGUUUUAUUGACAGUGGAUAUUAUAGUUCAUCUUUUAAUGUAAAGAAAGAAAAAAAUGAAAUAUUUGCAAUGACUCUUUCUGGGUACCUGAUUUUCUUCUGUCUCAUUCAUGGUGCUUUGCAGCUGCUGGAUAAUACUGAAAUAUUUUGGACUGCAAAUCCUUUGACAGGUAUCCACUAUCAGAUAAAUCCAAGCUCAUUUCUAACAUGGCACAAAGCAAGGAGUAGCUGUCUGCAGCAGAAUGCAGAAUUAGUAAGCAUCACAGAGAUUCAUGAUCAAGCAUUCCUGAAAGAGCUAACAAAAAAUCUCAGCUCUACACUCUGGAUUGGACUUAAUGCUCUGGAUUCCAACAAUAGAUGGCAAUGGAUUGGUAGGAAUCCUUACAGAUAUUUAAACUGGGCUCCAGGAAACCCCGUCCCAGCUCCUGAGAAGUCCUGUGCGGUGCUAAAUCCCAGAAAAGAAGCGAAGUGGGAAAACAUGGACUGUGAUUAUAAAUUUGGUUACAUUUGUAAAAAGGAAAACUCCACUCCAGAGUUCCCCAGUCUCCCCACAGAGACAUUUCAGCCUAUUAAAUGCCAAGACAGCUGGUCGUCAUACAGAGGUCACUGUUACAAAAUUCAGAGAGAGCCCCAAGAAUGGAAAGAAGCUUUGGCUUUAUGUAAGAAGGAAGAUGGAGAUUUGGCUAGUAUUCACAAUGUUGCAGAGUACAGCUUCAUUAUUUCUCAGCUUGGCUACAAGCCAACAGAAGAAUUGUGGAUUGGAUUGAAUGACCUUAAAGUCCAUCAAUAUUUUGAAUGGAGUGAUGAAACUCCAGUGACAUACACCAAAUGGCUACGUGGAGAACCUGCCUAUGCAAAAAGCCUAGAGAAUUGUGUUCUUAUUAAGGGACAGGAAGGAUUUUGGGCAGCUACUGUUUGUGAGAAGAAACGUGGUUACAUCUGCAAAAGAAAGCCAUUAUUACAAGCUCCUGAGGAAGUAGAAAUGAAUGACCUGGGCUGCCAGAGAGGCUGGAAAAGACAGGGCUUUCAUUGUUACUUGGUUGGACACACAUUUCUAAAAUUCUCAGAAGCAAGUGAGGCAUGUCAAAGGAGCUAUGGCUACCUAGUUACUGUGGAAGACAGAAAUGAACAAGCCUAUCUCACUAGUUUGGUUGGGCUGAGUCCUGAAAAAUAUUUCUGGAUUGGUCUCUCAGAUGUAGAAGAACAAGGGACAUUCAAGUGGGCCAAUGGUGAAGUUGUUUUGUUCACUCAUUGGAACUCAGGAAUGCCUGGAAGAGAACCAGGCUGUGUUGCCAUGGGAACUGGAAUUGCAGGUGGAUUAUGGGAUGUUCUUAACUGUGAGAAGGCAGCAAAAUUUCUCUGCAAGCAGUGGGCUGAAGGAGUGACCCCUCCUUUGAUUGCAGCAACAGUUUCUGAUGCCCCAUGUCCUGGGGGCUGGGAAUUAGCCCCUUAUACUAGCUUCUGCUUCAAAUUUUUUAUAAGAGUGGGAAACCAAAGGAAAACCUGGUUUGAAGCUGAAGAAUUUUGUAGAGAAAUAGGAGGGAAUCUGCUCAGCAUUCACAGCAGAGAGGAACAGUUUCUAAUAUGGAAAUUGGCACUGGAUGAAGGAUUUUUCUUUCAGCCUUUCUGGAUAGGUUUGUUUCACUUGAAUCCUGAUGAUGGGUAUUUCUGGAUUGAUGGCUCUCCCGUAGUUUAUGAAAACUGGAAUGAAGGAGAACCCAGUAAUGAUAAAGGAAUUGAACAUUGUAUAAUGUUUGAAGGCUCAACAGGAAUGCAAUGGAAUGCUACAUACUGUGAACACUUGCUUAAUUGGAUUUGUGAAAUAAAAAAAGGUGCAUCACUAAAACCUGAACCAAGUACCAUAUUUGAAUAUGAAGUCAGUGAUGAUGAAUGGGUUAAACAUGAAGAUAAAUGGUACUAUUUCAGCAUAGAGAGUACCUAUAUGGAGAAAGCCCAAGAAAUGUGCAGGAAGAAUUUUGCAGAUCUUGUUGUCAUUGAUAGUGAAAGCGAACAAAAGUUCCUAUGGAGAUAUAUUCACUAUAAAAACAGAAUGGAUUCAUAUUUCAUUGGUUUAUCUGGGAGCUUGGAUCAAAAGUUUAGCUGGAUGAAUGGAACCCCUGUGAACUAUGUAGCCUGGGCCCCAAAUGAACCUAGCUUUGGAAAUGAAAAAUGUGUGGUCAUGCAUAAAGAUUUUGGUUUUUGGAGCAAAAUAAACUGUGGAAUUCGAAAUGCUUUCAUCUGUGAAAGGCACAAUAGUUCUGCUCAUUCAGGAGUUGCUCCUACAGCAUCUUCACCUCAGGGAGGAUGCCUUGAAACUUGGCUUUUGUUUAACAAUCAGUGCUAUAAAAUUUUGGGUGCCAAUGAAGAAGAAAGAUUGAGCUGGCAUUUGGCAAGAAAUGCUUGUAUAGAAUUAAGAGGAAACCUGGCUUCUAUACAUAAUGAACAAGUGCAAGCCUUUCUCACCUUACAUAUAAAGGAUAUGUCUGAAACCUGGAUUGGACUGAUUGAUAUAAACACUGAACAGGAUUAUCUUUGGACAGAUGGAAGUGUGUUUGACUAUUCCAAGUGGGCCCAAGGUUUCACAUUUAAAAACGAUAUCAGCGAUAGCUACUGGGGCGAUAGGAUAUAUCUCAACCAGGAGAGUGCUUGCAUCGCAAUGAUGAAGAGAUCUGUAGAAGAAACAGGAUACUGGGGAUCUGCAGGUUGUCAACAUAAGAAAAGCUAUGUAUGCCAGAUGGACAGCAAGCCUGAAUUAUUUUAUUCCCCAAAAGUUCCAGUUUCUGACUUGAUUCAUUAUGAUAAUAGUACCUAUUCUGUCAUUCAUUCCAAAACAAAUUGGGGAGAGGCACAAAAAACCUGCAGGGAAAAAUCUGCAGAACUUGCCAGUGUUGUUGAUAUAUACAGUGCUCUGUUCCUGUGGAUACAGAUUUUGCAAUUUGGGGAGCCUGUAUGGAUUGGUCUCAACAGCAAUGUGACUGACGGUUAUUACAAAUGGACUGAUAACAGGAGACUCAAGUAUGCUAAAUGGGCCCAUGGGGAACCAAAAGCAAGCAUAGCCUGUGUUUAUUUAGACCUUGAUGGAGCUUGGAAGACAGCAUCCUGUGAUAAAAAGUAUUUCUCUGUCUGUAAAUGGUCUGAUGUUACAGUUCCUACAGACCCUCCACAACUUCCUGGAAAAUGCCCUGAAUCAAAUGAUGACCAAUCUUGGAUUCCUUUCCAUGGUCAUUGCUACAUGUUUAAUACUGAUGAAAUAAAAUGGAGUGAAGCAUCUGUUCAGUGCCUUCAAUUGGGAGCUACUUUGGCUUCCAUAGAAGAUUUGGCUGAAUCAAACUUUUUAACUGUCAGUAUUGAGCCCCUUGCAGACAAGACAAGUGGGUUUUGGGCAGGAAUAUACAGAAAUAUGGAUGGGGGGUGGUUAUGGCUAGACAAUGCUGCAGUAGAUUUUGUCAACUGGAAUAAAGGGGAGCCUUCAAGUAAUCGUUCUGAUUACUGUGUGGAAAUAUCUGCCUCAUCUGGGUACUGGAAUACCAUUCCCUGCUCUUCCAAAAAGAAAUCUGUUUGUAAAAAAGCAAAGACUGUUGACAUUGCAUCAAUCAAAAAUCUAGCAAAUGGUAAAGAAGACAAAAUGGAUGAGGAACCUGUCCAAAGAAGAAUUUGGAUAUUGAUUAUUCUGGUCCUGUUAAUUUUCAUAGGAGUGGGCAUUAUGAUUAACAACUUAUUCAAAAUAAAAAGGCUGAAUCAACUACAAAUGAAUGUGCGCUCCAGUAGCAUACUGUUAGAGCAUAGUGGUGCUAUAACAGAAAUAUAAUUGGAGAAAAUAAAAUCUUAAGCAAAAGUUACAUUUGCCUAUUGCAUUCUGCACAUUUUUAUACAUACUAACUGAAGCUAUUAAUCCUUUUAAACUACCACAAGAAAUUCUCAAACUGUUUCACAGAAGUAAGAUUUAGGGCCUUGCCAUAUGGAAUAUUUAAGACGUGUUAACUACAUAUAAAUCUACACAUUCAAGCAGUAAAACUUGCUUAGUGUGAUCCUAUCAUGGCAAUGUCACAACUUUUUGGGUGAGGAAUAUCUACAGAUCCUAUUAAGUAACACAUAUUCAGCUAUUGCUAGAUUGCUUCUAUGAGUUUAAGUCUUCUGUGUGGUGCUGGGGUUGGCAAUGACAAUCAGUUGAUACAGUGCCAGAGCAGGGGCAACAAUCAGCUCGUUGUCAGGCUCACUUCCCCCACUACACCUGAGUCUUAAACUAGUGCUGGGACUUGGACCAACAAUGAGCUGGUGUCUUGAUCUCUGCACUGCUGUGUGUGUCAGUCACAUUUUUCCCAGCUCUUCUAUUUACCACAUUUGUCAAUAAGCCAUACCAUAUAUUUUCCCUUAGGGCCUUGUCACAGGGGACACUGGGCAUGUUUUUUAUUUAGAGCGUGGUAAGCAUUAGCAUGCCAUAUUAAAGGUUAGAAUGUGUUCUACACAGUUUCCUGGUAAUGCUUACUAUGAUCUCCUAGCCCACAUACUUCAUAGUGAGCUCAAGCCUCUCAAUUUUUGCCCAAACUUGUUCAUUAUCCAGAAGGAAUUUCAAGCUUAGACAUAUGGGGCAUGUCCAAAUGAGCACUGCUAAUUUGCAGUGCAGCAGUUUUUUGGAUUGUUGUUUUUUUUUGGGGGGGGGGGGGGGGGUUGACACUGGGAGAUCCCAGUGUCAAAAAAAACCCGCUGCUAAAAAAAGUGAUGUGGUGCAUACAGCAGCAUCAUGCACCACCAGAAAGGGAGCCUGGCUGGCCAGAGCCAUAUUCUGGCUUCCAGGCAGGGUCUGAGCAGCUGGCUCAGUGCUGCUGCUGCCCCAGGAGGCCCCCAGGAUCCCAGGUAAGGCUGCUGUGGCUAGCACAGGUGCUGGCCUUAGCCUCCUCUACCCCACCCAAGUUACUUUGCUGAGCGCCAUAGUGUGCAUGCAUGGGCGUGGGACAAAUAGCAGCCGCACAAAUAUGCCCCAUUGCUACUUGUCCCAUAGGAAAUGCAUGUCUCUGCAUUUGCGUGCUGGCUGGGACACGCCCAUAGUGAGCAUUCCCUCAAGAAAUACUCCACAGGCAUCCUAUCAACUUCAUUCCAAAGAACUUGCUGUUGGGACAUAGGCUAACGAAGGAGUAUGUAAGAUUGUUGCAGUGAAGAUGACUUUGGGAUAUAUGAAGUUACAUGAAUAAUUGUUUUUCAUCUUUGUUAGUUCAGUGUUAAAAUCCAAACCACACAAGUAUUGAUUUUGUAAAAUGUGAUGUAAACCUUAUUAAAUUCAUGUUCAUAGAUCAAUAUAUUAAUAAGUGAAAGUGAAUGUUAAUUGCUUUCCUUCAUUUGUGGCUUCAGCUCAAGUUUUGUAAAAUAAAUAUGGCUGCAUAUUUUUAUUGGUCAAAUUUUUAUGACAUUCUAUGAAUAUUAAUGUUUUUAUCAGCUUGAAAUUAACAAUAUGUAAAUAUACACAAUAAAGUAUGUAUUCCUUAGAUGAUAAUAUCUUAUUCCUUAGAUAAUAAUACUUAAGUACUGAAGAGCUUAGCAUGCAGAGAUACUUUUAUUUGUGACAAGAUGAGCUAUAAUCAAGAGUCCACAGAAAGCAGAUGCUGGAUAUACUUGUUUUAAAACAGAAAAAUAAUAAUAAUUUUAAAAGUGCAAAAUAAAACUGUCUUGGUAAA